AUGUACCAGAGAAACUUCCAGCUAAAAGUCACCGGAGAACUCGACGAGCCUACUCUCAAACACGUCGUGGUCCCGCGUUGCAGCGUCGCCGACGUAGUUAACGGCAAGUCAAAUAUGCAUAGCGGUAGAAGAACCUACGAGGUCUCCUUUGCCGGGCGGGGCCCACGUUUUCACGCCGUCAAACACUAUAUGUUUUUCCCGGGAAGGCCACGGUGGCCGGAGGGCCGCCGUGAUUUAACCUACGCGUUCGGGAACGCGUUGAGUGAUGAAGUCAAGAGCGUGUUCUCAAGCGCGCUCGUUCGUUGGGCGGAGGUGAUUCCACUGACGUUCAGGCAAGUGGAGACGUUCUCGACCGCCGACAUCACCAUCGGAUUCUACUCCGGCGAGCACGGCGACGGAUCACCAUUCGAUGGUCGAGGGGGAGUACUGGCGCACGCUUUCCCGCCGACGAACGGACGUUGCCACUUCGACAGAGACGAGAACUGGAUCAUCUCAGGGAACGGAGGCAACGGCCGCUUCGAGCCGUCGGCCCAUGAUCUGGAAUCGGUGGCUGUUCAUGAGAUCGGACAUCUUCUAGGGUUGCACCAUUCCACGGUUGAAGGGUCGAUCAUGAAUCCAAGAAUCGCGGCCGGGACGCGUAAGGUUAUUCUGACGAGAGAUGACGUGGAAGGAGUCCAGUAUUUGUACGGUGCGAACCCUAACUUCAUCGGCUCUACAUCUCGUCCACGACCAUCCACUCAACAUUGA